AUGACGUGGCUGAAGCACAGAGGUGCUGUUUUUGCGCUCGGAGCCGCAGUCGGACUUUGUUGUCAUGGUUUCAGCGGAUUUUGGAGUCGUCUAGCGGUCCCGCUACACGAACCCUCUGCGGGACUGCUCAACCAGCUGCCUGUGGUUCCGGUUCCGGAGGUCCAGGCCUCCGAGCUGACGGUGUGUCCAGGUAGCUCUGGAGCAGUGAUGAAAUAUGGCUUCCCCUCAUUGGCCAACAUCAAGUUCAGGGAGUCCUAUGUCAUAUCCUAUGAUCCACGCACCCGCACAGCAUCCUGGGUGAUAGAGCGGCUGAACCCUGCCUCCCUGACUGGGACAUCAGAUAGAAAGUACUGUGACUUUAAAGAGGAUGACAGUGUGCAUGUGUUCCAUCGAGCCACCAAUGCCGAUUACAGGGGGAGUGGCUUCGACAGAGGUCACCUGGCUGCAGCAGCCAAUCAUAAGUGGAGCCAGGAAGCCAUGGAAGACACAUUCUACCUGAGCAAUGUGGCUCCACAGAAUCCUCAGCUGAACCAGAACAGCUGGAACAAUUUGGAAAAACUCUGUCGCUCUCUGACCAAACGUUACGCCAACGUCUAUGUCUGCACUGGACCCCUGUACCUGCCCAGGCAGGAGGCUGAUGGGAAACUCUACGUUCACUAUCAGGUUUUGGGUCAAAACCAUGUUGCUGUGCCAACACAUUUUUUCAAGGUAUUAAUUUUGGAGCGAGUGGACACUGCAGGGGUGGAGCUAAGGUCGUACAUAUUACCAAACCAUCCUGUUGAUGAAAAAAUUCCCCUGGAGCGCUUCCUUGUUCCUAUAGAAACCAUUGAGCGAGCAUCAGGACUCAUAUUUGUCCCCAACAUCAUGAAGAGAACCACCAGCUUGCAGGCCGUCACCGCCGGUAAACCGCAGGUCCCAGACUCCACCUCCGCCCGAUAA